UUGUGGGCCACAGGAUCAAGCAUUGUUUGAGUGGACACAUUGCUUUGUGCUCUGAUCCUCUAGCGUUGGCCAUGUCCAUGCCCACUGAGGGCACCCCACCACCCCUAAAUGGUACCCCCAUCCCAGUUCCAGCUUACUUCCGACAUGCAGAGCCUGGUUUCUCCCUCAAAAGACCUGGGGGCCUCAGCCGGAGCCUUCCACCUCGGCCCCCUGCUAAGGGUAGUAUCCCUGUCAGCCGUCUGUUCCCCCCUCGGACACCAGGCUGGCACCAGCCCCAGCCCCGGAGGGUGUCUUUCCUGUGUGAGACCUCAGAGACCCUGCAGAGUCCUGGCUAUGACCCGAGCCGGCCAGAGUCCUUCUUUCAGCAGAAUUUCCAGAGACUCAGCCGCCUGGGUCAUGGCUCCUAUGGAGAAGUCUUCAAGGUGCGCUCCAAGGAAGAUGGGCGACUCUAUGCUGUUAAGCGCUCCAUGUCGCCAUUCCGAGGCCCCAAAGACCGGACUCGAAAGCUGGCUGAGGUAGGCGGCCACGAGAAGGUGGGGCAGCACCCACACUGCGUGAGACUGGAGCGGGCCUGGGAGGAGGGUGGCAUCCUAUACCUGCAGACAGAGCUCUGCGGGCCCAGCCUGCAGCAACACUGUGAAGCCUGGGGGGCCAGCCUGCCAGAGACCCAGGUCUGGGGCUACUUACGGGACACUCUGCUGGCUCUGGACCAUCUACAUAGUCAAGGCCUAGUUCACCUUGAUGUCAAGCCUGCCAACAUCUUCUUGGGCCCCCGGGGCCGCUGCAAGCUGGGCGACUUUGGACUACUGGUAGAGCUGGGUUCAGCCGGUGCUGGCGAGGCCCAGGAGGGAGAUCCUCGCUACAUGGCCCCAGAACUGCUUCAGGGUACCUAUGGCACAGCAGCAGAUGUGUUCAGUCUGGGUCUCACCAUCUUGGAAGUUGCCUGCAACAUGGAACUGCCCCAUGGUGGGGAGGGCUGGCAGCAGCUGCGCCAGGGAUACUUGCCCCCUGAGUUCACUGCUGGUCUGUCUUCUGAGCUGCGUUCUGUCCUCACCAUGAUGCUGGAGCCUGACCCCCAGCUUCGAGCCACAGCUGAGGCCCUGCUAUCCUUGCCCAUGCUGAGGCAGCCACGCCCCUGGAAUGUUGUGUGGUAUAUGGCUGCAGAAGCCCUGAGCCGAGGUUGGGCCCUGUGGCAGGCCCUGGUCACUCUGCUCUGCUGGCUCUGGCAUGGCCUGGUUCAUCCUGCCAGUUGGCUGCAGCCUCCAGGCCCACCAGCCACACCACCUGGCUCUCCACCUUGCAGCCCCCUCCUGGAUAGCACCCUCUCCAGCAGCUGGAAUGAUGACAGCAUAGGUCCCUCACUCUCUCCAGAGACCAUGCUGUCCCGGAUCACCAGGAGAACCUCCACCCCUCGGGGCAGGUACACACCAAGGGAUGCCCUGGACCUAACUGAUAUGGACACAGAGCCUCCAAGAGGUCCCUGCCCCGCCUUUGAGCCAAGGAACCUCCUCAGCCUGUUUGAGGACUCCCUAGACCCAGCCUGAGCCACAGGCCCAGCCAG